GCGACGCUCUAGUCAACGCUUCUCUAAGGUCAGCCGGUUGACCGCCAAGCCGCAAGAGAAAGCCCAGCCAGCCUCGGGGCGUGCAUCUUGCCGACGCGAGUCAUGGAGCGUCUCCCAAAGCUCGCAGUCUUCGAUCUGGAUUACACGCUCUGGCCGUUCUGGGUGGACACGCAUGUAGACCCCCCGUUCCACAAGAGCAGUGAUGGAACUAUACGAGACAGGCGCGGCCAAACCGUCCGACUGUACCCAGAGGUGCCUGAGGUCCUGGAAAGAUUGCAGGGCCUGGGGGUUCCCGUCGCGGCAGCUUCACGGACAGGUGAGGUUGAAGGAGCCAACCAGCUGCUGGAGCUCUUCGACCUGGUCAGACAUUUUGUUCAUCGGGAAAUCUAUCCAGGCAGCAAGGUCACGCACUUUGAGAGGUUGCAUCGGAAAACUGGAGUUCCUUUCUCCCAGAUGAUCUUCUUUGAUGAUGAGAAGCGGAAUAUUGUAGACGUCAGCAAACUAGGUGUUGCCUGUGUUCAUGUCCAGAAUGGAAUGAACCUUCAGACCCUAACUCAAGGAUUAGAGGUGUUUGCAAAGGCCCAGGCUGGACUCUGAGGUCCAGUCUUGUGGAUGAGCCUCUUUGGAGGCAUAGAACUGAGAGGAAAUCAGGAGGGCAUUUUCAGGUGCAUUUGUAAAUUAUUAUUAAAGUGUAUUUGUUUGUGGCACAAGAAA